AUGGCAGGGGCUCUGCUCAGCGCCCUGUUCCUCUUGCAGUUUCUCGGCAGAGGCGAGGGAAAUAAUGAGGAGCUGCGCCUUUAUCACCAUCUUUUCGACAACUAUGACCCAGGAUGCAGGCCAGUGAGGGGGCCUGAGGACACCGUCACCAUCAACCUCAAGGUCACCCUGACCAACCUCAUCUCACUGAACGAGAAAGAGGAGACCCUCACCACCAGCGUCUGGAUUGGAAUCGACUGGCAGGAUUACCGACUCAACUACAGCAAGAGUGACUUUGGGGGCGUAAACAUCCUGCGGGUCCCUUCGAAUCUUGUGUGGCUACCGGAGAUUGUGCUGGAAAACAACAUUGACGGCAACUUCGGGGUGGCUUACGACGCCAACGUGCUGGUCUACGAGGGGGGCUACGUGAGCUGGCUGCCCCCCGCCAUCUACCGCAGCACCUGCGCCGUGGAGGUCACCUACUUCCCCUUCGACUGGCAGAACUGCUCGCUCGUUUUCCGCUCUCAGACGUACAAUGCCCAAGAAGUGGAGUUCGUCUUUGUGGUCGACGACGACGGCAAGACCAUCAGCAAGAUCGAUAUCGACACUGAGGCCUAUACUGAGAACGGCGAGUGGGCCAUCGACUUCUGCCCCGGGGUGAUCCGCCGCCAGGACGCGGCCUCCGCUGAUGGCCCCGGGGAAAUUGACGUCAUCUACACGCUCAUCAUUCGCCGAAAGCCGCUCUUCUACAUCAUUAACAUCAUCGUGCCCUGCGUGCUCAUCUCAGGCCUGGUGCUGCUCGCCUACUUCCUGCCGUCGCAGGCUGGCGGCCAGAAAUGCACCGUCUCCAUCAACGUCCUGCUCGCCCAGACCGUCUUCUUGUUCCUAAUUGCCCAGAAAAUCCCAGAGACGUCUCUGAGCGUGCCGCUGCUGGGCAGGUACCUCAUUUUCGUCAUGGUGGUUGCCACGCUCAUUGUUAUGAACUGCGUCAUCGUGCUCAACGUGUCUUUGCGGACACCCACCACUCACGCCAUGUCCCCGCGGCUGCGCCACGUCUUGUUAGAGCUGCUGCCGCGCCUCCUGGGCUCCGGGGAGCCCCCGGAGGCCCCCGGGGCCGCCUCACCCCCGAGGCGGGCAUCCUCUGUGGGCAUAUUGCUCCGCGCUGAGGAGCUGAUACUGAAAAAGCCGCGGAGUGAGCUCGUGUUUGAGGGGCAGAGGUACCGGCACGGCGCCUGGACCGCUGCCCUCUACCAGAGCCUGGGCGCCGCUGCCCCCGAGAUCCGCUGCUGUGUGGAUGCCGUGAACUUCGUGGCCGAGAGCAUGCGAGACCAGGAGGCCACGGGCGAGGAGGUGUCCGACUGGGUGCGCAUGGGAAAGGCCCUUGACAACAUCUGCUUCUGGGCGGCUCUGGUGCUCUUCAGUGUGGGCUCCAGCCUCAUCUUCCUCGGGGGCUACUUAAACCAAGUGCCUGACCUGCCCUACCCACCGUGUCUGAAGACCUGAGCAGGCGGACGCACUGACUCCAACUUUCCUAUCCAUCUCCAUGAGGAAAUAGGUUUUGAAAAGCAAGUUGCUGCCACUGCUAUAUUAUGAUCCUUUAUCACUGCAGAUAAUAAAUCAGUAUUUUGUAAACACACGCUGCGAGUGCACAAGUGUGUAGGUCUGGUCACCAUGCAGCAAUCAGAAAGAGGGAGAGGGUUGUUCAAGCAGGCUCUUGGAUGCCAAUCCUCUGGAAAGCAAAAGCCAUGCUAGAUUCAGCCUUGCUGAUCUCCCAGUGUUGCUCAGGCCCCAGCCCCAUUGGACCUUCUAAGCUAUUUUAUAGCCACACAGGAGAGGCCCCUUUGCAGGACUGGCACUUAAGAGUCUGGAGCCAGGAAGCCAGGACCCUCUGGCAGCUCCCCCACAGGCCCACAGGGGUAACAGGGCUGAGGCAGCAGUGGCCCUCCCUCGGUCAUUUUUUCUAGGUUUUCUUGGCCCAGCACUGCCCACCUACUUCUCCCCCCAAGACUCACUGUACAUGCCACCCCACCAUGCGCCAUUGGUACCCAUUCUGCUUGCUUGCCCUGGCUAGUAUCCGGAUUGUGAGAGAAAACAGAAUAAAAACGGGUCUGAAGUGGGA